AUGUCGAUGUUAAUAAACCUUAAUAAAAAUCCGCUUCCCCGCGUUGUUAAUUGCCGGACUCGUAGGCAGAAAAGAAGUCCUACCACCUUCACGAGCAAUUCACGAAGUCGUGCAGGCUUUGCUUGUGGUAAACACGUGUCAAGGUGUGCGCGAGACCAAAAUCUAUUAUUUAUUCUGUGCCAAAAGCAGGUAUGGUUAGCGACGGCAUGCUCGCAACUGAUUGCUCCUUCAACACCCACACUAACGCUGUGUGCAUGUACACAUUCAACCACGAGUAAAGCCCGCCCGAUUUCGUGA